UAAGAAGGAUGAACGUUCAAAGCAAUUGGGGAGAGAGUAUCAACGAAUAUGAAGUCCUGCAUUUAUUGGGCAAAGGAGGAUUUGCGAGUGUUUACAAAGCAAGAUGCCUCCGGAGCAACCAGUAUGUCGCCAUCAAAAUGAUUGACAAGAAACUAAUUCAUGGUGCUGCCAUGGCUGAUCGAGUGCGCCAAGAGGUGGAAAUACACUCACGUCUCAAACAUCCGUCGGUGUUGGAACUGUACACGUUUUUUCAAGACGAGUGUUAUGUGUAUUUGGUGCUGGAAUUGGCCCAUAAUGGAGAGCUACAACGUUACAUGAAGUCGAUAAUGUGCCGGCCCAUGACUGAGCCGGAGGCAGCAGCUAUCUUAAAGCAGGUUGUGGCUGGUCUUCUUUACUUGCACUCCCACAAUAUAAUGCAUCGUGAUAUAUCGUUGUCAAAUCUGUUGCUUUCAAAAGAUAUGCACAUAAAAAUAGCCGACUUCGGAUUGGCCACACAAUUGAAGCAGCCCAACGAGCGACAUGUAACCAUGUGUGGUACACCGAAUUUCAUUUCACCAGAAGUAGUGUCACGAUCCUCACACGGUCUACCAGCGGAUGUUUGGGGUCUUGGAUGUAUGUUCUAUACGUUGCUGGUGGGACAGCCGCCAUUUGAUACCGAUGCAGUGCAGGCCACUUUAAAUAGAGUUGUUAUGUCCGACUAUCAUAUUCCGUCGCAUAUAUCAUUCGAUGCAAAAGAUUUAAUUCAACAGCUCCUCAGGAAGAAGCCGGACGAAAGAAUAACACUUCAACAAGUUCUAAAACACCCAUUUAUGUUGCGUUUUAGUAAAGAGCUCGCUGUCACAAGCACCGAGAAAAGAUUAGACGUGGAUAGCACCCGUAGUCAGUUCAGUUGCGACAGUGGUAUAAUAACAUUUUCAUCAAGCAAUGCAUCAAAUUCGUGUCCGUCGUUUCCGAAGUCUAAUGUGUCGGAAAAACAUCAAUUUGGAAGCCACCACUAUAACUCAAAGCCAUUAACGGCAGUGGAUUUUCAGAAUCAACUAGGAGCACACAGGAAUGCAAACGGAAACGUGGAUAAUAUGGGACUUGCUCCUUGUGGUGACGAGAAUUGGGAUUGGGCCCGGCCAAGACCAGUAACGACCAACAUACCCAACAUGCAAGUGUCCGAUCCCGAAAGUCCUCUUACAGUGCCACCACUAAAUACAACACGGCUACAGCCCACGCGGUACAAGACCAAAAACGCAAUAAUGAGUAUUUUGAAACGAGGAGAGGUCGUAAUAGAAUUCAUCAAGUACAGGGCCAAGUACAACGCAGAUCGCAUAACUGACAUAUGUUGGAUAUCGGGAGAUGGCCAAAGUAUAAUGGUUUAUCAACCCGAUUCGGGUCGUGGACUACCGGUCAGUGACCAUGCCCCAGAACCACCGCCAACUUCCUCCAAUUGCAUUUUUUCAUACGACAACUUACCUGCCAAACAUCACAAAAAAUAUGCCUAUGCUGCUCGUUUUGUUAAUCUGGUAAAAAGCAAGACACCGAAGAUAACAUACUACAGCAGUCGUGCCAAGUUUGCGUUGAUGGAAAGCUUAGAAGACUUUGAAACGGUAUUUUAUGAUGGUUCCAAAGUGACAAAAUCUCCUGGCGAAGGCAUAAAGGUGUAUGACAAACAUGGUCGACAACUUACGCAUGCAGAGGAUACGCAGUCACUAAUUGAUCACCAACAGGCUUGCCUCAGCCAUUGUAAAGCAAUAAGCAAAGCGUUGGAGUUGGCAGAGUUACCAGGAGGCCAUAGUUGCUUCCCCGUCGUUAUUGGUCGGAGACCCACAACUGAUUUGCAAGCACAACAUGUUACUACAAACAAACGAGACACCAAUAACAUUCUGUUUUCAUCGACACCAAAAUCGAAUCAGGUUUCCUCCAUUAACUUCUCUGUGAGUACGAAUCAUAAUAUGGAUUUCGAGGGCUCAAGUAAAGAACAACAACAACAGUUCAUUGCCUCUCAACCAAAUUUGCCCAUCAAACGUGUCAAUAUUCCUGGAAUAGGCAUAGCAACGGAACUUUCGCAUGGCGUUGUCCAAAUCCAAUUUCAAGAUCAGUCGAUUAUUUCGGUGAUACCAUCGUCUCAAGGUGGUGGCAUUACAUAUACCCACAGUAGUGGCGUUUCCACUCACUUUGGUCCCCAUGACGAUCUGCCUUUACAGGUUAGAGAAAAGAUGUCACACUUACCCACAAUUGAUCGAAUGUUAAAGCAGUGCAACGACACUUCAAGCAAAAACCACCAUCGACCGCACCACCCACUCCAUAAUGGCAUUAUAACAUCGACACCAUCAACCAACUCAAAACAGCACAUGAAAUUAAAAAUGCAACGCUUAGAGGGUUAUUUGAAAGAUAAUGAAAUGAAUCUAACAGCUUGGCGUCAAUGUACCAUCCUGGCCAACGAAUUCGAAGAAAUUGCAGGUGAUAUUUUGGAAUAUGUUUACAAUGUACCUAACCACAUUGCGGACAAUCAAAUGAAAACGUAUUCACAGUCUGUGAUGACAAAUUCGAGUGUGGGAAGAAAUAAACUUGUUUUUCCAAAUUUGGAUGAAAUCGAUGUCACUCCAGAUAGCGAUACCGAAAUUAUGUUCGAGCCCAUUGGGGAUAAUCAAGACAUUAUACAGAACAACAACGUUCGUGCAGAGGGACCGCGUAAUACAAUCGAUAAUUUUCUGAAAGUUAAAACCAAUCGAGAUCCCAACAAAUUCUAUACAGCACGGGAAGUACUUGCACUACAAAACAUGAAAGUAAUUUUUUAA